AUGCUCCAUCCCUAUAAACCGACCGACAUAUCGACCUGUUUAUCGAAAGGUUCUCGUCGUCGGAGAGUGGUGUACAUUGGUGAUUCGAUUGUCAGACAGCAAUAUUUCGCUCUUUUACAAUUGAUUCGACCCAACGUGAGUUUGGAAGGAGACGCACACACGAACCGCAAAUACAUUUUCCAAGAGGAACAGUUAGAACUCGAGUUUUGGUGGGAUCCCUACUUGAAUGACACCUUUCUACAGUUUUUGACAAAGAGUUCAGUACAGCAACCCAAGAGUAGUCUGAUGGUGGUGGGCGGAGGCGCUUGGCAUAUGCGUUAUUUACCUCCAGAGGAUUACUUUUCUGCGUGGAGACAACCGAUCGAUGUGUUGUUUCAAACUGUACGUCAACAAGGCAUGACGGAGGCCAUGAUGGUCCUACCCGUUGAAAUACCCGACUACAGCCGAUUGGAUGCGAAUCGAUCCACGUCCAUCACGAUCGAUAAAGUCCAUCGCAUGAACGAGUAUUUACACACUCAAUUAUUGAAUCUCGAGAAAACAACACAGAGCCUUCCUCUUCAAAUUCCUUUUGUGUGGAAUACCAUGUCCACCACGCAAUUCAGCAACCAUGUCACGCAAGAUGGGCUUCAUUUCAAUACCUUCAUCACGCACGCUCAAACACAAGUGGUAUUGAAUUACCGUUGUAACGAUCAACUCGAAAAAAAAUUCCCUAUGGCCAGCACCUGUUGCUACCAUUAUCCGCGGCCGACAUGGUAUCAAAUAGGGGUGAUCCUCUAUUAUUUGGCAUGGAUUCCCGUUGGCUUUUUAUUUUUGUCAGCCACCGUAGCGUCCAUCCAGAACAACAGUGGUGCCGAUCGCCGUGCUCGUGGACUCGCCACUCGACUCUUUCCGUCGCAAAAGAUCCUUCAAGCUUCCUUUACCUUUGGAUUGUGCAUCAUCUACAUGUACUACAGCGAUCGAACGCAUCUGUUUGGAAAAAUCAACAAACACUUUGACACGACGGCCUUUGCCAGUCUCAUGCUCGCGACAGCCGUAUUGGGUAUGGUCCAACUGCGUCACAGCAGCACGCCUGAUAAGGACGAAGGCUUUUUGAACCGACACCAAACGGACGAGUGGAAAGGCUGGAUGCAAAUCAUUAUUCUCAUCUAUCAUGCGUUAAGCGCCUCUUCCGUCUCUGGCAUCUACAACGCCGUCCGCAUACUUGUCGCCGCCUACUUGUUCCAGACAGGCUACGGCCACUUUACCUUUUUUUACAAAAAGCAGGACUUUAGUUUGAAACGCGUACUGAACGUCAUGGUACGACUCAACUAUCUGACGUGUGUGCUGUCGUACAUCAUGGAUACGAAUUAUCUGAGCUAUUACUUUACACCGUUGGUGUCGUUUUGGUUCUUGGUGAUUUGGGGGCUCAUGUAUGUAGGACACGCAUGGAACCAAAAAACAUGGUUUGUGUUGACCAAGCUGCUCGUGGGAGGCAUCGUCACGACCUGCUUCAUCCACUGGCCGGGUGUGAUGGAAGGGACGUUUGACCUCUUGAAACUCAUCUUUCAUGUCGACUGGGACGCAGCCGAAUGGCGGUUCCGUCUGGGACUCGAUGCUUACAUUGUCUACGUGGGGAUGCUGUGUGCCUUGGGCUAUUUGAAAUGGAGCAGCAGCCGUGCUCCACGGCGUUGGCCUCUCCUCCAAGCGGCUACGUUGGCCGUUUCCGUCCUGGCGCUGGUGUGGUAUUUCUGGUACGAAAUCACGCGUGACAACAAGUUUGUCUACAAUGCCAUGCAUCCUUACAUUUCCUGGAUUCCCAUCCUGGCCUUUGUGUUUUUACGCAACGCUACCUUGUCUUUAAGAAACACGCAUUCAGCCUUCUUUGCGUUUAUCGGUAGAAUCUCGCUAGAGACCUUUAUUGGCCAAUUCCACAUGUGGCUCGCGGGCGAUACCAAAGGCCUUUUGGUGCUUGUACCCCCCCGUUGGUUAGCCACGGACGCGACCUUUUUGACGAGACACGAUGGGUGGUGGAUCAAUUUUAUGUUGUCCAGUGCCGUUUUUGUGUAUCUCUCUUAUCAUUUGCAUCAAGCCACUCAGAUCUUGGCGUCGUGGAUCUGUCAAUGGCUGACCAUGUCAGCAGCCCCAUCAUCCCCAUCCUCAUCGUCUGCCACCACCCACCACGGGAGGGAGUAUGAAGCAGUACCUCUCUUGCCUACCCAUGCGACAUGGACGCAGGUGGAUUCAGCCAACGAUACCAUGGACAACAACAACAACAACAACGACAGCACGCAUCCACAGGCACACAUCUUUAAAAGAUGUUGCCAAUGGAAUAGUUUGAACCGACUGAUGCAUGAUACCCGAUUCAAAGUUGUUUUCUUUUUUAUUUUUAUUGCAUUUUUCAAUCAUUUGUGUUAG